AUUUAAAUUGAAGUUAAGUCACCUCAUUCCCUCAUGCAUUCACUUACUAAUUCUUUCACUCACUUAUUAGUGGUAAUACUAUGGAAGAUUUAAUAUUAUUAUAUAACACAGUAAUAGUAAUCAUAGGAGACAGUUACUGAGUACUUAUGAUAUGCUGAGUACUCUGGUAAGUCCGGCUUACACAUGAUCUGGGUUAACCUACUCCUAGUGGCUCCCCACAAGGUGAGUAUUGUCACUUCCAUCUCUCCUGGGAGGACACCGAGAUUUGGAGGGGUUGCGCAAGCCCUCUAGAUAUCUAUUGUCUACCAUGCCUGCAGCAGUCCCAGAGGGUACAGAGAUGAAUAAAGACACAGCACUUGGCCUUAAGGUGCACAUGGCCUGGAAGAGAGGGAGAAGGAUGUAGAAGCCAAUAGAUACAUUAAGCUUUGCUAGAAAUCUGUGUGGAAUCCAAGAAAAUCCAAAUGGAAAAGCGACUUCCCUGAGACUCAGAGGUGCAGGGUGUUGCUGAGAACUAGCACCCUCAGCACAUUAAAGUAGAAGAGAUGAAGAACUGAUUAUUUUUCUGCUGCUCACCUUUCAAGAUGAAGGAGGAUCAAGUCGUGCUGGAAGAACCAGGAUUCCAAGAUGAAGAGGAAUCUUUGUUUCAAGACAUUGACCUGUUACAAAAACAUGGGAUUAACGUGGCUGACAUUAAGAAACUGAAGUCCGUAGGAAUCUGUACCAUCAAAGGGAUACAGAUGACAACUAGAAGAGCACUAUGCAAUGUCAAAGGGCUCUCAGAAGCAAAAGUGGACAAAAUUAAAGAGGCAGCCAACAAACUCAUUGAGCCAGGAUUCUUGACUGCCUUUGAGUACAGUGAGAAGAGAAAGAUGGUUUUCCAUAUCACCACUGGGAGCCAGGAAUUUGAUAAGUUGCUAGGAGGUGGAAUUGAAAGCAUGGCAAUCACAGAAGCUUUUGGAGAAUUUCGUACUGGAAAAACCCAGCUCUCUCAUACCCUCUGUGUGACAGCUCAACUUCCAGGAGCAGGUGGCUAUUCAGGAGGAAAGAUUAUCUUCAUUGAUACAGAAAAUACUUUCCGUCCAGAUCGCCUUCGGGACAUUGCUGACCGCUUCAAUGUAGACCAUGAUGCCGUACUGGACAACGUCCUUUAUGCCCGUGCAUAUACCAGUGAACAUCAGAUGGAGCUACUUGAUUAUGUAGCAGCAAAGUUCCAUGAAGAAGCCGGCAUCUUCAAGCUAUUGAUCAUCGAUUCAAUAAUGGCACUUUUUCGAGUGGAUUUCAGCGGUCGUGGGGAGUUGGCUGAACGGCAGCAAAAAUUGGCCCAGAUGUUGUCACGACUCCAAAAAAUCUCAGAAGAAUAUAACGUGGCUGUGUUUGUGACCAAUCAAAUGACUGCUGAUCCAGGAGCAACUAUGACUUUUCAGGCAGACCCCAAAAAACCCAUUGGGGGACACAUCCUGGCUCAUGCUUCAACAACAAGAAUAAGCUUGAGAAAAGGAAGAGGAGAACUGAGAAUUGCAAAGAUUUAUGACAGCCCUGAGAUGCCUGAAAAUGAAGCCACCUUCACAAUAACUGCUGGAGGAAUUGGGGAUGCCAAGGAGUAGGUGGCACAUUGAUGCAAAUUGCUUCUUAGUGCUUAUUAGGAGCUGAAGAAAUAGAAAAGCCGUCUGAAAUUUCAGAACUUGAAGUAAGAGUUUGUUUUUUUCACAUGCUAUUAGAGGAAAGUCAACAAAAGAAAUUUAAAUCUUAUAGUUAUCCUAAAAGUCCCUGAUGUAUAAUCCCUAUACAUUGUAUAUCAAUUCAGGAAUAUAUAUAUGUACACAUAUAUAUAUUCCUACAUGUGUAUAUAUGAAUAAAGCUAUGGAAAACUAGUUGGGAAGGGGUACCCGAUCCCAUCACUUUAGCUGUCCAAAGUAAGCCACUAAACAGAUAGAAAAUCUACAAGCUCAGACAUGCCCCAUUCUCCCACCAUUUUCCCUUGAACACUUACAGAGGUGGACACACUUCCAAAGGAGGGAACCAGUUAAGGAAGGAAUGUUUACAGAACACACAAAAAAGCUUUUUUUUAAUUUACAACAUCAAACUGUACAUUCACCUCUAUAACAAUGGAAAAGAAGUAUUAAACUAAGUUUUAAUCCAUUUGACUUUUUGACGAGUUAAAAUUACUUUGAAAAAGCAUAUUUCUGAUACAGACAUAUUUUAUGGGGGAUAAAAGAGGAAGCUAACUAGGAACUUUACAGUUUGGGGUAAUCAGUAUAGCAUGAGUUUUAUAUUUUAAGCUCAGCAUAGAGAAUUCAAAAUAUUUUUUUAAAAAA